CAGCAGGUUUUGAAACCGGUAGUUCAUCGCUUGAAUCAAAGGAGGCCAAUUAUCACCAACACAGUACACGUAGACAUCUUCAUUUUGAACCUGAUAUAGCCUGCAAGAGUGUAGCUAGUGGAAAUAUGGCAAAUUCAACGGAUAGCCUACGAAACUUGAAGAAUGUGGCUGUGCCUCAUGGCAAGAGAAGAACAAUCUCCAACACUUGGGAGUCAGUUAGAUAUGCUAGGUCCAUCAAUUCUCAGUUCCCUUUCUGCCCCUUUGAAGUGGUUAGAUCCACUCAGACUAGUGGAAAUUCUGCAAUAUUGUCUCCCCUUCCUUCUGGUAUUGGUUUGCAUGUAAAUAGCAUCGGCAGAUCUGUGGUCUUGGACUCGGAUAUGUUUGCAAGCAAGAACUCAACUGGGUACCUGAGUUCACAAGAUAAGCUAGUGCCUGAGGACCCAAAUAGUAUCUCAAUUUCAGCUGUAGCUAGGCCAAUGUUUUCUCAUGCAGAUGUAGAUCAGCAGGAAAGUCAAGCUGGUGUGGCAGCCACUUAUGCCAUUAAUAGUCUGAAUCCCCCUAGUGAUUCUUUUUCUUCGACACAAAUUGAGCAGCAGGUGGCUUCCGGUGAGGGGAGAAUGUCCACUUCACAAAAUGCUGACAGUGUGGAGUCGUCGAACCAAGUAAGCCGCACAAGGAAAAGGAAAAGGGCAGCAAACAAACGUGAGAGUGAUGGCUGCACAGGAUGUCAUUGUAGGAAGUCCGAAUGCUUGAAACUUUAUUGUAAGUGCUUUGCAGCUGGACUUUAUUGCGUGGAUUGUUGUUCAUGUGAAAGCUGUAUUAACAAACCUGAAUAUGAUGACUUAGUUCUUGAUACACGGCAGCAAAUUGAAUCUCGUAAUCCUCUUGCAUUUACUCCAAAGAUCAUUACGCAUGCCACUGACUCUCCUAAAAAUGUUAUGGAAGAAGGGAGCCAGAAUACUCCAUCUUCAGCCAGGCACAAAAUAGGAUGCAAUUGCAGGAAGUCCGAGUGUUUCAAAAGAUAUUGUCAAUGUUAUCAGGUUCAUUCUACAGCGAUGGCUUGA